GGAAAGCUCAGCUUGUGUUGAUCAGAUUUGUUACAUCAAAGCUAGUUCACCAGAGGUUAAGUUCAAUUUUCCUGUGUUACGAAGUAGUAAAACAAAGGCAGGAAAAAAUGGCUUUGCUCUUUCACAAAAUAAUCCUGGAACAUCAAAAGCUGGUGAAAAAUCAAUUCCUAAAAAUGCACAAUCUCAACCCAAAGCAUUAAUGGAUCAAGUAAUUCUUAGACCCAGGGACAAAUACAUGGCCAAUCAGCACAUGAAAUCUACCACAUCAACUAUGAGUCUCCCUGAUGAAGUCAGUAUUGUGAUCAGCGACGAUGACCAUUUUGUGGUGACUGCUGAAAGUCACAUUAACCAAAGCUAUCAAACUCCUGAUGAUCGCUUGCAAAACAGUUUACGUAGCUCGGACAAAAAAUUAGACCUCCUUUCAGCUGUGGGGAAGAAGAGGUUCACAAGGCGGCGGCGAUUUCAAACAAACAAAAGUAAAAAAAAAAAUCUGCAUAAAUCCCAUUACAAAGCCUCGCAGGGUAAAGGAUUAUUCAGUCAACUCAACUUCAGAACGGCCAGAUUCAAAGCUGCUGAUCUUAAAUCGACCGGCCAGUUUCACUUCCCUCCAUUGGUCGCGCCAUCACUGAUGCUCCGACUUGAUGGUCCACAGUGCUGUUCAUCUCACAGUGAAAGACAGCUUGGGUCAGCCAAGUCUCAGUCAACAACAACCGUGCCCAAGUCUGCUCAUUUUAAGAAACUGAUCUCACCUCAGGUAAAUGUUGCUAAUCAAUUAUGUUUUUCAAAUGUUCUUUUUCUCAGUGGGUUUGACAGUCGACUAGCACUACAAGGCUUCAGAAAUAAGUAGCAAAAAAUGGCUAUUUAUGUACUCUUUUUAUAGUCUUUUCUAUAUAAAGAUGCAAUAAGAUCUUUGUACUUUGUCUUCAUUGUUAUAUUAUCAAUCCCAUCAGUAAAAAAAAAGACAUUCCUUGUACUUUCUCAAAAGUUUCUUUAAAAAAAUAAAGAUUAGUUGAGCUUUGAUAUAUUUAUUUUUUUGUAAAAACAACUGUUGGUAACAAUGUUCCCAAUCGUCGACAGAUCAACCAUUUGGCCUCCAUGGAGAGAAUCAUCUUUGCCGACCUUGAAAAUGUUAUGUUUUUCAAGGUUUUCUCCGGAUCAUUGUCACCAUCAACUUAUGUUUGGGGCUUUAUAAGUGCCCGUCCUAACACACCUUUUCACCUGGAGCAAUACUUUUGCAAGUAGGAACUGAAGAUUUCAUGACAAUCCAACCAAUGAAGAUCUUUUAACUUUAUUUUGAAUUUAUUUAAAUUUAAAAGCUAUUUUCUUCGAAACAAUGUUAAUACAAGUUUUUUAAUUGGAUGUAUUGAACAAUUCCAUAAUAUAAAGGUACAUGGUAAAUUAAUUUAAAUAAACCCCUGAAUGAAACGUUAAUGAAAUGAAUUAAAAUAAUGAUGUUGUGAUAUCUAUCCCCAUGAUGAAAGCAGCUCUAAAAUCAUCCUUUGAAGUGGCGUUUCAUGUUACAGAAUUGAAUGCUUCCUUUUAAUUUCAGGUACCCCUUAUAUAAUUAUCUAAAAGAUGCAGAUUGUGUUCAUAUAUCAACUGAGAUUGGUACCAGUAAAGAUGCUGUGGACUUUGCCAUGUGCCUUGCUGUUAGUAACUACUUCCAUAAUUGGAUGGCUAAUGUUUAACUAUAAAAUAAUGAACCUCUGUUUUGUUUCUUGUGUUAAAUAAUUACAUUUUCUAGUCAUUUUUUUGUUGACAUAAAUUAUUUUCAAUUAAAGAAAAUUUAAUUACCAACUUUUUAAAACCCAUACAAUCUCAGGAGAUAGCCAAACAAUGGUAGCGACAAUGCACAAACUUUGCAUCUACUUAAGUUACUUGACAAAUCAUGCGUUGAAGAACAGUCGACCCUUGUUUAUCACGGUUAAUUGGUUCCAGACUCUACCGCGAUAGGGGAUUUUCCGCGAAGUAGGAUUCUUUAUUUAUAAAUCGAAUAUUUUCGUAGUUAGAGCAUAGAGAACCUGAUUACGACCUAAAUACGUUUUUCAACAUUAUUAUAGCUCCUAGACGUGAAAUAACACCCUUUAGUCACCAUUACACUCUUAUCCCCCAAUAUAUUAAACAAAAUAAAAGAAAUUAACACAUUAGACAUUACAAAUAUAUUAUUAUUUUAUAUGUUUGCUUACUAUUAUAUCGUUGCUCGAGGAACACCAGUCGUGCAAGCAUGACUGUUUAUUGCCAUAUCCAUGGUCCUUCAUGCUCAUCACACUUUUAGUAAAACCCAGGACAUUUGUUUCAUCACCGCUGCUACUCACAUCCGGCAACUAACAUGUAUAAUUGACUCAGACAACCGAGCGCGCUGUAUCAUUUUCACUGUCUCGAUCAACUUUUUAAUGAAUAUACAGUAUAUGAAAAAAAAACGAUAGAGCAAAGCCGCGAAAGUGGAAGCAUGAAGUGGCGAGGGACUACUGUAAUGCACUUUAUAAGAAUCCCAAUUAUUUCUAACAUCUGGGGCUUUUAUUUGAUGCGCCUAUUGAACACGGCUUUACAGCCAUAAUUACAUACCUAGAGAAUUAUUAUUUGUGAUACUAGUAUCUGAACCCUGUUUGUUAAAUUAUCAUAUGAAAAUAUUUCAUGCAUUUUACUUUUACAUUUCAGAUUGCUAAACUUGAUGAUAGACUGCCAGCCUCUAUUCCAUUUUUCAUUGUGUCAAGGGACAGAGGCUUCAGAGAGGUGGAGAAUCAAAUGAGAGCUUCUCACAGACUUGUCAAGGUCAUAUCUCCUCAGGGGUGGAGUAUAAGUGACUUGGACUUUAAGUUGUGAACAAUUCGGAAACAAAUUGACAAAUGAAAAGAAUCUGCUUUAUUACUGAAAUAUAUUUCAUUUCUUGACAAUUCCAGAUUUAAAAGUGUGUUCUCUGAUGCAUCAGUUAAUUGGAUGUAUUUAUUACACUCUUAUAAACGAUCGUUUUAAUUAUAAAAAUGUUUAUAAGUAAAAAGAUUCUUAUGAAAUAUAAAAAUUCUAUAACAUUUCGCUGAACCCGUCAGUUUUACGGCAAUACUAUUAAAACUUUUGCUCAACAGAGACUGAAAAUUUGAACAAAGCAGAAAUCAAAUCUUAAAUAGUCUUUGCUUAUAGAUGGACAUUAUGAAAAGAAUUUUAUUUCCUAGUGUGGAAUAGACAAAGGGUUAAAUUUGAAAUAAUCUCAUUGUUUGUACAUAAUGCUGUAAAAGAUUGAUAGAGAAAAAUUGUAAUCUAAAGAUUUAUUUAUCAACUGCAUGAACCAUCAGAUGUCUUUUAACAUCCAGAUAUCUUGCCAAUUAAAUUACAAUUUUCUUUAUUGUGUAAAUGAUAUUCAAAUUGUGUCAGAUUUGAAAAAGUCCAGCUUCUAACUUUUAUAAUGAGUUGGGUUUUUUUUAAUGCUUGGAUUGGACAAAAAUAAGUG